AGCUCAGUUCAGUCAUUUCUCAUUUGUCAGUUUCCAGUUUUGUUCUAUCAUUUGCUGGAUUUUUAGAGUCACCCUGAAUUGCCCUGGAAGCACAACAACAGGUAAAACAACAUACACUUCCCACUUCAAAGUUCAAACCCGCUUCAUCCACCACCACGACCACCCAAACCGGACAUUGGACAUUCCUCUUCAAUCCUCCCCCGUCCUUUGGGUCAAAUCCCGAGUGUUAUCCAUCUAUUCGUUCCUUAUCCGUGUUCGACCUCAGGUGACCUGCUCAGCAUGACGGGGGGCGGCCUGGACUCCGGUUUGAGCGCCACAGACCCGGAUAAGCUGGCCAACCACGAGACCGGCGAUGCCUCGUCCGGCAGUGCUUUUCCAUCUUCCGCGCCACUCAUUUCCAUCCCGUGGUCUAACAUGGAGGUGAGCGUGUCCUUGCUCAACACGGUGUCCACCCAGACCUACCAGGUGUUCCCUCAAUUGGAUGAUCGUUUACCUUCGCGCAAAAGCUUACGCACUAUGAAGAAACUCCUAGCUUUGAAACAACAGCAACAGCAGCAAUUCCAUCAAAAACACGCCCAUGCCCCCGCCAAAAGUAAUAGCGCUGCCAUGAAAGCCCACGCUACCCCAUUGCGGCCCAGGAUCACGCCUCGACACGCCGCCGCUACCACGCCUAAUGAGGCGGAAGCGGGUGGGGGAGGUGGUGCGUCCAAUGGGAUGAAAUGUCACUUCUGCGGCAAGAGCUUUUCAAAGGCCACUUACCUCAAGCGCCAUAUCCAAUCGCACUCGACGGUCAAACCGCACAAAUGCGACAUAUGCGGCUGGGGCUUUUAUCAGCAAUGCAAUUUGAAACGCCACAUGGCUUCGCAUGACACGGCCACGGGUGAGGGCUUCAAAUGCGUCCAUUGUCCGGCCACGUUUUCCACCAAAUCCGUCUUGUCCGUUCACAUGAGAGAUGCCCAUGGUUCCAAACGCGAAGUCUCGUUGCCGGCAGGCCCUCCCGAUUUAGGCAGCCAAAUAACGAUCACUCCCACCAAGCGAGUAUCGGAUCCCGACGGUUCAAACGCGAAAGAAGACCAAGAACCUGAAGCAGAUCAUGAGCAAACUAUGGACCACAUUGAUCAAGAUGAGGUCGAACCACGUGGGGAUGAGAAUGACGGGGAAGAAGAAGAAAUAGCCCCACCCUCUACCUUAGUUUCUGGCCAUCCCAAAGCCCCUAUGAGCUCCGAAAUUCCCAAAGGAUCCACGGGCGGCCCGUGCUACACUUGUACCAUUUGCCAAGCCACUUUCGAUAAAGUGAGCAUUUUAAAUAAGCAUUUCAAGGUUCAUGCCGGAGGAGGCGGCACAUCAUCGGCUUCCCCGACUAACUAAAUAACUGAAUUGAAAUUGCUGUGGUUUCA